ACCAUCAUUUCAAAGGAUCACAAUAGAACAACAGCCAUGGAGGUAGACACUGCGUUUAUCAAAUCCAAGAGGGGCAUCCUGAAAGUAGCAGAGAUGGCGACUCUGUUUGUGGCAUUUGUGUGUUUCGUUGUAGCCUCCAAAACAAGGUACAUUGCAGCCACAGUGACGGAGUUUGUGAUCACUUCCCUUCUACUGUUGCUCUACCUGUUCAAACUCAACAAGAGGCUGACUUUCUUCUUCUGGCCUCUCGUUGAUGUUUUUAAUUCAGUGUUUGCAGCAGUCUACUUUAUUGUCUUGAGCCUGUUGGCAGCGACUACAUACACUGUCACAGGCACGCUGGUUGGAGGGAUAGUUGGUAUUGUCUUUGCUGGGCUGAUGUGUGUGGACAGCUUCGUACUUUUCAAGAACAUCACAUUCAACAAGCCAAGAAGUGAAAUUAAUCAAGAAAACAAUGCAAAUUAACAAUUGAAAAUGGUUUCCAACUGCCACAUUACUGCACAAUUUGACUCAGAAAUGUUUACCAGUGUCUGACAUGUUUAAGAUUGCAGCUGUUUUCAAAUGUAUUUAUUUCUGAUUUAUGUUUUGGGAUAUUGUUUUAUUUGACACACAUGUCAAUAACGACACAAAUAUCAAUAAAGCCUUUUCUUUACCUUCUGA